CGGCCGCGGAGGAGGAUCGUGCUGCACCCUUUUCUUCUGCUCACAGCGCAGAUCACUCCGCACAGGUAACUACCGCCAGAGACCGGAAGCGACGGAGGACCCGAGCACAGAUUGAAGAUCCAGGCUGAAUCCCUCUGAUGGCGUGCCGAUCUCCUCCCCACCAGAGAGGCUGAGUCUGAAUAGCGCCCUAGACCGUCCUCUUAGUGCUUCCUGUCUGCAGCCCCACUCUGAUCCUCAACAUGGACACGGAGACCGAGGACACCGCAGGAUGCUACUACAACCGCACCGUCAAGUUCUUCUACCAUCAGAGUGGCAAGAACAUUAGCGACCACUGGCGCAGCCGCGACUAUGUGGUCGUCACCCUGGGCAUGACGGUCUGCUUCAUCGUCAUCUUCUCCAACCUCCUGGUCAUCGGCGCCAUUUUGAAGAACCGACGCUUUCACUUCCCCAUCUACUACCUGCUGGGUAACCUGGCAGUGGCGGACCUCUUCUCAGGCGUCUCCUACCUCCACCUCAUGUUCCACACCGGUCCCUGGACCAUCAAGCUGUCCAAGUACCGCUGGUUUGUGCGUCAGGGCCUGAUCGACACCAGCCUGACGGCGUCCGUGCUCAACCUGCUGGCCGUGGCCGUGGAGCGCCACCAGACCAUCUUCAACAUGCAGCUGCACAGCAAGAUGAGCACCCGCCGCGUCUUCAUCAUCAUGAUCUUCAUCUGGCUGGUGGCCAUCCUCAUGGGCCUGGUCCCCACCAUGGGCUGGCACUGCCUGUGCGACCUGGAGAACUGCUCCACCAUGGCGCCGAUGUACAGCCGCAGCUACCUGGUGUUCUGGGGCGUCCUCAACCUGCUCACCUUCUCCAUCAUGGUGGCCGUCUACACCCGCAUCUUCCUCUACGUCCGGCACAAGAGCCAGCAGAUGUCUCAGCACACCAGCCAGAUGAGACACCGAGAGACGGUGCUGAACCUGAUGAAGACAGUCUCCAUGAUCCUGGGCUGCUUCGUGCUCUGCUGGACUCCCGGCCUCGUGAUUCUUCUUCUGGACGGUCUGGGCUGCGACAGGUGUACCGUGCUGGUCUACGAGAAGUACUUCCUGGUGCUGGCCGAGUGCAACUCCUUAGUGAACCCCAUCAUCUACUCCUUCAGGGACAAGGACAUGAGGAGGACCUUCAAGGAGAUCCUGUGCUACGUGUGCCGGCGCCGCGGCGACCACAAGAGCAUCUCCGGAGUUCACUUUAACACCAUGGAGCAAGAGAACUAUAAGUCUCGUGCCAACGAUCCCACAGACAGGAGCAACGGGAUGCCUCUCAUCCACAGCGGCUCGGAGUCCGCCGCCGCCGCCGCCUCAGAAACCUGACAGGAAUUCAAACCAGCGGAGACGUGAAGACGCUGACGGUCCUAAACUGUUUACUCUUUAAGACGGACUGGACUUCUAACUGUGCUUCAUUAAGAAGAACGUCUAAUGACGGAGGACGUCUCUUCUGAAUUAAAGGAAGACGGAGACGCAAACAAACUGAGGGGACGUGAAAUAUGAGACUUUACAUAUGAUGUCAUCAAGAACUGUAGUUCUACCAGUCUCAGAUUCUGCCUCAUGGUCUCAUCCUCUCGAUGGACUCGUGUGUUUGUGAGCUGAGACCAAAGCGGUUCUUGUUUGCGGUUCUGAGUGUCUCCAUUAUUUUGUCCACCCCGGUCCCAGUAACAGGACGACAUGUUCAGACAAGUUCUGCUGAUGGAAACCAGUUCUGGACUCUCUGAAGGAUUAAAGGUUGUAAAUAACCGAUUUGUUUAACGGCGAUCAUUUACCAAUAUUUUAUUCAUCAGUCACAUAAUAAUAAUAAUAAUAAUAAUAAUAAUAAUAUUAUUAUUAUUAUUAUUAUAUUAUUAACCAGGUCUUUAAAGCUGCAGAGCUUCCAGACUGACAUCCAUCUGUGCUGCUGCUCUUAAAUCAGAUCUGAGAACAGCUGACCAGGUUUCGUUGAUGCGUUUUGUUUUAUUAGUGAUAUAAAUGUAAACACUUGGAUUAUUUGAUUUAUGAUCAUCAACAAAUGUUUGAACUAUCAGUGAAAAUAUGUUUAUCUGAUGGUUUUCUCAUAAAGGCUUAUGACUGGUCUUUAUUAAUGCAUUAUUACCAUUAAUAAAGCAUUAGUUAGAUGAUAAUAGGUUUAUGAUUCUGUUUAGAUGCUUUUAACAGAUAUUUAAAGUUUUUAACUGAAUAUUUGCCUUUUGUUGUAGUUGCUUUAAGGGUUGAGAUCCCGUUUUUUCCCAUAAUGCAUCAGAAGCAGCUGCGUCCUCCAUGUUUUUUUCUUGCUAACGCUGUUGUUUUAACGACAACAUAUUCUCAGCUGAUCGUGAUGUAAAACUUUCUUCGUGAUCACAUUGUACAGAACUUACAGUCACGUAGAAAGGUUUAAACAGCAACAAGGGCAGAUUUCUGUUUGAUGAGAACCUUUAUUAUAACCUUCAUUAAAAC